GCCCCGGAAGCGGAAGCGAGCGCUCGUUAACCGGGCGGCUGAUUCGAGGGGUUUGUUUUUCCACCCGCGGCAUCUCGGAAGAGCGGGUGCAGCACGGGCCAUGCCGUCCGAGAGUCGCUGCUGGGAGACCCUGCAGGCGCUGCGCAGCUCCGACAAAGGUCGCCUCUGCUACCACCGCGACUGGCUCCUGCGGGGCGAGGAUGUUUUAGAAGAAUGUGUAUCCACUCCCCAGCUAUCUUCUUAUGCUGGAUGGGUGGUAGAUCAUGUCCUACCCCACACACAAGAGAACCUGUCUCCCUCUGAGACUUCAACAUCCUCUAGAUCCACUUCAGGCCUGGACCAACCUUCAUUUGUUCCCAAGUCUCCCAUCAGAAGCCUCGCCUUCUCACCAGCACCCCCAAGAACACCAGCAACACCAGGUGGGACCAAGGGCAAACGUGAGUCCCAGCACACGGAACCCAUGUUACUUCAGUCCUCCCGGGGCGUCGAGGUGGAAGGCUGCAUCCGGAUGUACGAGCUGGUGCACAGAAUGAAAGGAGCGGAGGGCCUGAGGCUGUGGCAGGAGGAGCAGGAGAGGAAGGUGCGAGCGCUCUCUGAGAUGGCAUCCGAACAGCUGAAGCGUUUUGAUGAACGGAAGGAACUGAAGCAUCAUAAAGAAUUCCAGGACUUGAGGGAAAUGAUGGAGAAGAGCUCCCGAGAAGCCCUGGGGCAGCAAGAGAAGCUGAAAGCUGAGCAUCGCCACAGAGCGAAGAUUCUCAACCUGAAGCUGUGGGAGGCAGAGCAGCAGCGCCUGAAGCAGGUGGAGCAGGAGCGGCUGCGGAGGGAGCAAGGCCAGGUCCGCCUGCGGAGCCUCUACGCCCUGCAGGAGGAGCUGCUGCAUCUCAACCAGCAGCUGGACUCCGUGGGCCAGCACAGGGACCUGAGGGUGGACCUGCUGGCCUUGCGGAGCCGAGGCAACCAGCUGUGCGGCCUCAUCUCGGGGAUCAUUCGGACCACUUCAGAGAACGGCUUUCCCACGGCAGAGGACCAAGCCGUGGCCGAGAGCGCGCUGCAAGAAAUGCGGGACCUCCUGACGGACGCCAGGGCGUGUGAAGACAAGAGGAGGCAGGAUGAAGAGGAGGCCCAGGCGAAGCGUCAAGAGGCACAGACGCAGCAGAAGCCAGAGGUCCCCAAAGAGUGCCCCGCUCCCAGCCAGGGCCCGGGAGGGACACGGAGUGAAGACCUCCAGGUGAAGGUACAAGACAGUACAAUGCAGUGGUACCAGCAGCUGCAGGAGGCUUCCCGUCAGUGUGUGCUGGCCUUUGAGGGACUGACCAGCAGCAAAGACAGUCAGGUCAAAAAGAUCAAGAUGGACCUCCAGAAGGCAGCCACCAUCCCCGUGAGCCAGAUCUCCACCAUCGCAGGCUCCAAGCUGAAGGAGAUCUUUGACAAGAUCCACAACCUGCUCUCUGGAAAACCUGUUCAAUCUGGUGGGCGCUCUGUGUCCGUCACACUGAAUCCACAGGGCCUGGACUUUGUCCAGUACAAACUGGCAGAGAAAUUUGUGAAACAAGGAGAGGAGGAGGUGGCCUCUCAUCAUGAAGCUGCGUUCCCCAUCGCCGUCGUGGCGUCCGGGAUCUGGGAGCUGCACCCGAGGGUGGGGGACCUCAUCCUGGCUCAUCUGCACAAGAAUUGUCCGUACUCUGUCCCUUUCUACCCGGCUUUCAGGGAGGGAAUGGCUUUGGAAGACUAUCAAAGAAUGCUUGGCUACCAAGUGAAGGAUUCCAAGGUGGAGCAGCAGGACAACUUUCUGAAACGCAUGUCCGGGAUGAUGCGUCUCUAUGCUGCCAUCAUCCAGCUCCGGUGGCCGUAUGGAACUCGACAAGAGGUUCACCCUCAUGGCUUAAACCAUGGCUGGCGCUGGUUGGCACAGAUACUAAACAUGGAGCCCCUGUCGGACGUGACGGCCACCCUCCUCUUUGACUUCUUGGAGGUGUGUGGGAAUGCCCUCAUGAAGCAGUAUCAGGCCCAGUUCUGGAAGAUGAUGCUUCUCAUCAAAGAGGACUACUUCCCCAGGAUUGAAGCCAUUACAAGCUCGGGACAGAUGGGUUCCUUCAUACGCCUCAAGCAGUUCUUGGAGAAAUGUUUGCAGCGCAAGGAGAUUCCUGUCCCCAAGGGCUUUCUGACUUCCUCCUUCUGGCGUUCCUGAUGUCACUCGUCACCCACCGCCACCGUUUUGUUGCAGAGGCGCAAUAAUAAAGCAACUGAACACAGCUGUGUUUGAGAGAGCACUGUCAGAUUUAGAAACCUACCAAUAUGUAUUUGUAUGUAUUUAUGCCUUGUGACUAGGAAAGGUUUUCAUGGGCCACUGAUGACUCCUCAAGGGAUCCACAUGACAGAAGAAGUGGAUUUGGCCUUCUCACUUUGGCAAACAUUUUGAGGUGUUUAGCACUUGAUGUGACUGUUUUAUUACCUUUCUGUCUCGAAUCUUUCAGAAAGUAGGUAAUACCUAAGCAUUUCGCUCUGAGCCCAAGUGAGCCCACCACUCCCAAGCGUCCUGUGGCAGCUGAGGCCCGAGUCCUCACCUAGGAGUCUGAGCUGCGGUUGCUUUGCCUUUCUCGGCUUGUGAAGGAAUUGGAAAUUCAGAGGAAGUGCCUGAUGUAGGGAUGGACUUUGUCCUAAAUGCCAUCGCGGACAGCCUAGUGUCUAGGAUUAGGCCCUGCCAUGUGUUGUAUUGAACCAAGAAGCACUGUUUGCCCUCUGGAUUGGAAUCCAGUGCCUGGGUGACAAGGGAUGCAUGAGCCAGGGCAGGCGCCUUCUGUGUGUGUCUGGUUUUCAGUUUGAAUGAAGAUGGACCGAGAUGGAGCUGGCCACAGUAUGCAUGAGCUGAGCAUCCCCAAGCAAUGACGGGGGUUAAACAGAGAUGUUAGGAAUUGAGAACUGCUUUAUUAUUAUUAUUAUUUUUGCUUGUUCUGACUAAUGAAUGAUGAUAAAUUUGCCUGGCUAAACCCACUACAAAAAUCCAAAGCCUGGCUUUUCAGAUAAGAGUGGAGAUUUGAAAGAUUUACUGCCUUUCGUACUGAGAGGCAGCGGCCAUGGUCUCUUCCUCCUUAAAUGUCAUGUGUGGGGGAUGGGGUGUUUUGAGGAGGUGCCCUGGUACUGUUGAAGUGCCCCGCUCUGAAUUAUUUACUAUGGUGCCAAAAAAUAAUAAAGCUUGAAUUUUAAAAAUC